AUGGAGAGUUCCCAUAGGUUUUUGUUGAUGGCACUAAUAGUAGCCUCCUCUUUUGUUCACCAUGUUCAAGCACAAACAGAGUUCAUCAGUUUGGAUUGCGGAUUAUCCCCAAGUGAACAGUCUCCUUAUAUUGAGGUGGAAACUGGAUUAAAUUUCUCAUCAGAUUCAAGCUUCAUCCAAAGUGGGAAAAUUGGUAGAAUUGAUGCAAGCUUAGAGUGGAAGUACCCAAAAUCACAGACAACGUUGAGAUACUUUCCAGACGGUCUACGAAACUGCUACAAUCUGAGUGUGCACAAGGGAAGAAAUUAUUUGAUCAGAGCUACAAGUAACUAUGGAAAUUACGAUGGUCAAAACGUUUCUCCUAGAUUUGAUUUGUACAUAGGCCCUAAUUUUUGGGUAACAAUAGAUUUGGAGAAGCAUGUAAAUGGUGACACAUGGGAGGAGAUCAUUCACAUACCAAAGUCAAACUCGUUGGAUGUGUGUCUCAUUAAGACAGGCACAUCAACGCCAAUCAUGUCGGCCUUGGAACUAAGGGCUCUACCAAAUGAUACUUACAACACAGGAUCAAGUUCUUUGAAGUCGAUACUGAGGUCCUACCUAAGUGAAUCAACAAAAGUUACAAGGUUCCCAGAUGAUAUACACGAUCGAAUAUGGGUUCCACAUUUUGAGUCAGAAUGGAAGCAGAUUUCCACAGCUCUCAACGUCGAUAACUCCCUUAAUAGCUAUUUUGUGCCGAAAGAAUUGCUCAUGACCGCCGCAAUACCUGCUAAUGCCAGUGCACCGUUGAGUUUUUCUAAGGAUCUUGAGUUCCCUAAUGAUAAAUUAAUCAUAUAUUUCCACUUCACUGAGGUACAAGCUUUACAGGCCAACCAGACUAGAGAGUUCAGCAUUGUGUGGAAUGGAGAAGAAAUUUAUCCCACUAUGAGGCCUCAAUAUCUAGGGGUCACCACUGUUUACACCCGGGUACCAUCUCUUUGUGAAGUAGGAAAAUGCUUGUUACAGCUUAAAAGAAAUCAUAAUUCAACGCUCCCUCCUCUGCUUAAUGCCAUUGAAGUUUUGACAGUUAUGAAGUUACCACAGUCUGAAACAAACGCAGAUGAUGUGAUUGCUAUAAAAAACAUCAAAAACGCCAACAGAUUGAGUAGAAUCUCAUGGCAAGGAGACCCAUGCGUACCACGGCAGUUUCUAUGGGAGGGUCUAAGUUGCCACGACACGAAUGUGACUACGCCACCAAGAAUCAUUUCCUUAAACUUGUCUUCAAGUGGUUUAACGGGAAAUAUAGCAACUGGAAUUCAAAAUCUUACCCAUCUGCAAAAGCUGGACUUGUCAAAUAACAAUUUGACCGGACUGGUGCCGGAGUUUCUAGCUGACAUGAAAUCGUUGCUGCUCAUAGACUUAAGGAAGAACAAACUGAAUGGUUCAAUACCAAAGACCCUACGUGAUAGAGAAAAGAAAGGACUACAGCUAUUUGUUGAUGGAGAUGACAAGAAGGGCGAUGGCAAUAAAUGUUUAUCCAAUUCAUGUGUCCCAAAAAAGAAAUUUCCAGUGAUGAUGGUUGCAUUGGCUAUUUCCGCAGUUUUGAUUGAGACAAAAAGGAGAAGGUUUACUUAUUCAGAAGUUGUGGAAAUGACAAAAAACUUCCAAAUAGCUCUAGGGGAAGGAGGGUUUGGCGUCGUCUAUCAUGGUUAUCUGAAUGAUUCAGAUCAAGUAGCGGUUAAAGUACUCUCGCAGUCAUCAUCACAAGGCUAUAAACACUUCAAGGCCGAGGUCGAACUUCUUCUAAGAGUUCACCACAUAAAUUUGGUAAGCCUUAUCGGAUAUUGCGAUGAAAGAGAUCAUUUGGCCCUCAUUUACGAAUACAUGCCCAAUGGAGACUUACGAGAUCAUUUGUCUGGAAAAAAAGGUGACUCUGUUUUGAAAUGGACCAGCAGACUACAAAUAGGUGUUGAUGCUGCACUAGGAUUGGAAUAUUUGCAUUAUGGAUGCCGACCGUCGAUGGUGCAUAGAGAUGUCAAAUGUACCAAUAUAUUGUUGGACGAUCACUUCAGGGCCAAAAUCGCAGAUUUUGGGCUUUCAAAAUCGUUUCAAGUUGGAGAUGAAUCAGAGGUUUCAACGGUCCUUGCUGGUACUCCCGGAUAUCUUGAUCCCGAAUAUUAUAGAACAUGUCGGUUGGCUGAAAUGAGCGAUGUAUACAGUUUUGGGAUUGUAUUACUAGAGAUGAUCACAAACCAACAUGUGAUUGACCAAGCCCGCGAAAAGCCUCACAUUACAGAAUGGGUGGCAUUUGUGCUUAGUGAAGGAGAUAUUACAAGGAUUGUUGAUCCUAACCUUCAUGGUGAAUACAACUCUCGUUCAGUUUGGAGAGCUCUUGAAUUGGGUAUGUCAUGCGCAAACCCUUCUUCAGAAAAACGGCCAAACAUGUCCCAGGUUGUUAUCGACUUAAAAGAGUGUAUAACUUCUGAAAAUUCUAUGAAAAGUAAGAACAAGGACUCAGACUCCCAUGGUUCCUUGGAACUUAGCUCGAGCUUUGAUACUGAUGUGGCCCCUAGUGCAAGGUAGUAUUUACAUAGGCGUCUUGCUCACAUCCGUGUAUUUCUGCUGGUGGUAUUUUUUCUUUGGUGAGAGGAGUGCUUGAUUCUAUUAGACAUCACAAAUUUACAAGUAAAGAACAUACUGCAUACCGAAUGUUUUGACAGACUUCGCUUUUCUCCGGUUAUCUUCCUCACUUGGGAAGUUUUGUUGGCUUGGAAAAAAUUAAAAACAGAGUCUUCUCCUUCCAUCUUGAGGAUUGAGGAAAUAUGAAUACUGUGACAGCUAGAAGGAAUCGAAAAUCUUUUCCUAACUUGAUGGCUCUUAGGAUUCGAUAAAAGUGACUGCUCAAACAAUACACUUGUUCCCCUUGUUUUUUUUGUUUAAAUUUCUUUUCUUGGCAAGGGAUCAGAU